GGAAAGAGAACUGCCUCUGGUAGUAAAGCUCUCAGGAGGGUAACACAACAUUAGGCUACACUGCGCACUGGCAACGCUGGAUUUGACGUAUUAUUUUCAUUAAACCACAAUUUGACCGUGACCAGUCCCCAUCGGAGGAGGAAAAUGGUCACAAUGGACGAACUUAGUGAAAUGGAUUGCAGCGUUUUGAAGAGGUUGAUGAAGGACGACAGUGCGAAAUGUCUUCUUUUGGACUGCAGAUCGUUCCUAGCGUUCAGCGCAGGUCACCUUCGCGGUGCCGUAAAUAUUCGCUGUAACACGAUAGUUCGGAGGCGAGCGAAAGGCUCCGUUAGUUUGGACCAGAUUCUGUCCGGUGACGACGAAGCGAGAGCCCGUCUAAAAUCAGGGCUGUACUCCGCCGUGAUCUUGUACGAUGAGCGGACCUCCGAUACAAACACUAUGAGAGAAGACAGCACAAUCACCCUCGUACAUAACGCUUUGUGUAGGGAUACAUAUAGGACAGAAGUCUAUCUGCUAAAAGGAGGCUACGACAGAUUUUCCACACAGUAUCCCGAUUACUGUUUGAAAACCAAAACCCUGCCCGUAUCCAGCCCUCAGUCCAGUGUGGAGACCAGCUGCACCUUCUGCGCAACUCCCCAGCAUGACCAGGGUGGGCCUGUGGAAAUCCUCCCCUUUUUAUUUCUUGGCAGUGCUCUCCAUGCGUCUAAAAAGGACAUGCUAGAUCGUAUGGGCAUUUCUGCUCUAUUGAAUGUAUCUUCAAACUGCCCAAACCAUUUUGAAGGGGAUUACCAGUACAAGUGUAUCCCGGUGGAAGACAACCAUAAGGAGGACAUCAGCUCUUGGUUCAUUGAAGCCAUUGAAUUUAUAGACUCUGUCAAAGAUUCCAACGGCCGUGUUCUGGUGCACUGUCAGGCCGGCAUCUCGCGGUCGGCCACUAUCUGCCUGGCGUACCUGAUGAAGAAGAAGCGGGUGCGUCUGGAAGAGGCCUUCGAGUUCGUGAAACAGCGGCGCAGUAUCAUCUCCCCCAACUUUAGCUUCAUGGGUCAGCUCCUGCAGUUUGAGUCGCAGGUCCUGGCCACUUCCUGUUCUGUAGAGGCCGCCAGCCCUUCCGCCACUCUAGGCCCCAAGUCUUCCUCCAUCUUCAGCUUCCCCGUGUCAGUGGUGACGCACAGCCAGCCCAACAGCCUCACGUACCUACAGAGUCCCAUCACAACAUCACCAAGCUGCUGAUACACCGCUGGACUCGGA